AUGUUCGUUUUCACCAAAGUUGUGAACAGCCGCGACUAUUCCAAGGUUGAGCAUGAGGGCGCGGUGGUGGAGGCCCUCAGGAGAGAUCCCAUCGUCGUGCAGGUGUUGCGGCGCCCCCCGUCCCACUCGGCGGUGCCCCUGUCCCGCUGUGGAUCCCCUCAGGACGUGUGCGUGGUGGACCGGUGUACGCAGACAGACAUCACCUUUGAACACAUCAUGGCUCUGGCCAAACUGAGCCCGGCCACUCCACCUGUCCCAGACAUCUGUCCUUUCCUGCUGUCUGACAGCUGCCAUUCUAUCCACACAAUGGAGCACGAGUUUUAUGAAUGUCCCGAAUACAUCUCCAGCACGCCCGCAGACGGGGAGAGGACAGAGGAAUAUGUGUACGAGGAGGUGGAGCUGUGUCGACAGAACAGUCUGGAGAAACUGGGUUUGACGUUGUGUUACCGGACCGACGAGGAGGAGGACAUGGCCAUCUACGUGAGCCAGGUGUGUGCUUGA